CUGCUGCCCAAAUCAGACCCCUAAAAAAAUUGUCUUAAUAUUCCGCAUUCACAGUGCGCUGUCUUGGUCGCGUCUAAUACUUUAUUCCAUCUCCGAAUUCUAUGACAGAGAAGAGAAAAAAAAGCCCUUAACAAUACGAUUUGGAGAGCUGUUACGCGAUUUUCGCUCACUCCUAUUAGAUUCUGUUUCAUACGAUCUCUCUUCGAUCUCCACCGGCAGAUCUGUCCUUCGAUCCUCUAAUCCCACCGACGCUUGUUUGCAGGUUUUGAUUCUCGCAGUCUGGUCUUCUCUUCUAUUACAGGUGAUGCUUUGAGAUUGUAUUGCAGCGCACAAAAUUUCUGGUGAUAUUCAAUUCAAGGGAUUUGUGCAGUUAGAUUGCAGUGACCAUGAAGAAGGCAUUUGAUCAAACUGUUAGAGACCUCAAGAGAGAGGUGAACAAGAAAGUUCUGAAAGUUCCUGGAAUUGAACAGAAGGUUCUUGAUGCUACUAGCAAUGAACCAUGGGGUCCUCAUGGAUCUCACCUAGCAGAUAUUGCACAGGCUACCAGAAAUUAUCAUGAAUACCAGAUGAUAAUGGCAGUCAUCUGGAAGAGGAUAAAUGACACUGGCAAGAAUUGGCGGCAUGUGUACAAGGCACUGACUGUUUUGGAAUACCUAGUGGCUCAUGGGUCAGAACGUGUCAUAGAUGAGAUCAGGGAACAUGCAUACCAAAUAUCAACAUUGUCUGAUUUUCAAUACAUUGAUUCUAGCGGGAGGGACCAAGGGAGCAAUGUCAGAAAGAAAUCUCAGAGUCUUGUCUUACUAGUGAAUGAUAAAGAAAGAAUUCAAGAAGUUAGACAGAAGGCUUUUGCUAACAGGGACAAGUUUCGCAGUGUAUCCUCAACAGGUGGAAUGUAUAGGCCCAGUUCAUAUUCGCCUACAGGAGGAUAUGGUGAUCGUUAUGAUGAUGACCGUUAUGGAAGUAGAGAUGAUGACCGAAAUGGCUAUGGGAGAGAAAGAGAAAAAGAAUGGGGCCAUAGGGAUGAUGACCGUUAUGGUAAAGGUGGGGACUCAUAUAGGGAUGGAGAUCGUUAUAGCAAGGACUAUGAUGACCACUAUAGUAGAGAUGGUUACAGGAAUGAUGAUUACAGGGGUCGAAGUCAAAACAAUGAUGACUAUCAGUACGGCUCAAGAAGUAGGAGUUCUGAUAGAGAUAAAGAACGCACCUUUGAUGAUGAUAAUCGUUAUUCAUCUCGAAGCAGUGGUGCCAGGGCUGAGGAUUAUUCUCAAGAUGUAAGGCGGCUUGAGAGGAAGUUCUCUGAACAAAAUAUUGGUGCUCCUCCUAGUUAUGAAGAAGCAAUAAAUGAUGCUCGUGGUCCUGUUCACACUGAAAGGGAUGGAGAAACUGCAACAGCAGCCCUUCCUAAAACAUCAUCUCCACCUGGAAGCACAAGUCAGAUUCAAACCAGUGCUGCUGUGCCGGGUACUUCUGCAUCUCCUGCAGACCAGAAAGUUAGUGCUUUUGAUGAAUUUGAUCCACGUGCUUCAGUUUCAGCUGUCACACCUACUGUAAGUAGUGCAGAGAUGGACUUACUUGGCUCCUUAUCAGAGUCAUUUUCAUCAAACUCAUUGGCCCUCGUGCCAGUAACUUCAACCACAAUCUCUGAAGCUGAUCAACACUUGAAUUCAAAUUCUGGAUCCACAUUUGUGGCAUUGUCUUCUGCAUCAACUGUCUUGAACCAGCCUUUUGACGAUCCAUUUGGUGAUUCUCCUUUCAAGGCUACACCAUCUCCAAAUGGUGUCCUAGAGCAGCAGCCGAUCACCCUUGUAAGUCCUGUCCAACCAAUCACGAGUCAAGGUGCUGAACCUCUCAAUCCAGUUGCUUCAAAGGUGGAAAAUGCUUCAAACUUCAACUUUGGAGACACAUUUCAAGGCAUUACUUAUGCACCUCCUGACAUCUCUACCAAUCAGCUCCCUUCAACAACUCCACAAUUAUUGCCCCCAGAGUUGCCACCUUCAAACCAGAAUACUGAUGUUUUGGCAAAUAUCCUUUCACUAUCUGGACCUACAGCCCCAAUAGCUCCACAGCCAGCUUUCACUGGUCCAAUAGGACUACCUGCACAACCAAGCACUAAUGUUGGAAGCUUCCUUCCACAGUCAGGACCCACACCACUAGCACCACAAGUAGCUCUUAAUGUUCCAACUGGACCACCUGCAUAUCCAAGCAGUAACAUUUCUGGGAACUUUGCCCCUCAGUUGGGAUUUGUAUCACCAGUAGCCUCACAAGCAGCUCUUCAAGCUCCAGCUGGACUGGUAGACUCACAAGCAGCUCUCCAUGCUCCAACUGGACCAGUAGCCUCACAAGCAACUCUUCAAGCCCCAACUGGACUACCUUCACAGCAAAGCAGCAAUCUUAUGGGGAGUGUGCUACCACAGAUGGGACCAACUGCCUCAACAAGUUCACAGGCAUCUCUUUCUGUAUCAACAGGACCGACAGCUAAGCCUCAACCAUCCAAAGACAAGUUUGAGACCAAGUCUACAGUUUGGGCUGAUACACUAAGCAGAGGGCUUGUCAAUUUGAAUAUAUCUGGACCCAAAAUUAAUCCUUUGGCAGAUAUAGGGAUCGAUUUUGAGUCCAUUAACCGGAAGGAGAAGUUAAAGGAGAAACCUGCUGCAAAUCCUGUAACUUCUACCAUUACCAUGGGUAAGGCCAUGGGAUCUGGCUCUGGGAUCGGCCGAGCUGGUGUAAGUGUCCUUACGCCUCCUCUAAACCCUAUGUUGAAUUCGGGCAUAGGCAUGGGCAUGGGUGGGGGUGCUGGAAUGGGCGUAGGCAUGGGCAUGGGCAUGGGCAUGGGCAUGGGCAUGGGCAUGAAUGGUCCUAGUGCUGGCAUGGGAAUGGGAGGCUAUGGUGGUGGUGGCAUAAAUCAACCUAUGGGAAUGGGGAUGAACAUGGGCAUGGGUAUGGGGAUGAAUAUGGGCAUGGGACAGCCUGUCCAAAUGCGUCCUCCUACUGGAUUACCAACCAUGCCAGGUGGCUACAAUCCAAUGAUGGGGACAGGUGGUUAUACUCAACAACCAUAUGGUGGUUACAGAUGAGUUCUUGUCAUCUUACCCAUACACCUAAAAUGUUGGUUAAAGGAAUCGAUGUUGUUGACCCCUUGUGAGUUUAUGAUAACUUCAUAUCCUUUUUACGAUGCUCCUCCAGUCGUCAGUCCUUGCAGCGCUCUUCCAUUCCAAGCUGUAAUUCUUAGAUCGCUAGUUGAAGUUGUAGAGAGUUAUUGUAAGAAUGGCAUAUGCCGAUAUGUUUAUUCAUCUUUGUGCUUUCUUUUUCCUCGUAAUAAACCAUUUUGGUUUCCAAAGUUUGUAGGGUUGCUUGUUCCUUACAGCUGUUAUUGUGUACGAACGACGAUGGCUUUUCUCAUUGUGACUAUAAAAAAUUAUAUUAUGGCAUACUUAAACAAUAAAAUCCGAGAUUCUUUUGAUA